AUGGAAAGCAUGGAGACGCGUCUGCGAGCCGCAUGGUGUCAAGUCUUGGACAUGGAGGAGGAUGAGCUUGAUAGCGACAGCCACUUCUUCCAACAAGGUGGCGACUCCGUAGCAGCCAUGCGCCUCAUCGGCAUCGCAGAAGGCUAUAAAAUCCAACUCGACAACGGCACCAUCUACGAUUUUCCAAUGCUGAAGAACAUGGCAUCAAACAGCCAAGAGAUCAGCGUAACGUCGGAAACCAGCGCCCCUAAGGCUAUCAUAGAAAGUCUUGAUGAGGACCUAGUCCAAGCCUGUGCAGAAGCCUGCAAGAUCAAUUCGCAGGUAAUUGAAGACAUCUUUCCAGCUAUCGAGAUCCAAAACAUAAUCCAACAAUGGCACAUGAAGCAUGGAAGUGCCAUGCUGCAAUAUGUGUUCCAAAUCCACGGGCCGGCCAGCAAAGAUCUCAUACGCGAGGUGUUCGAUGUAAUACGACAAAAGAAUCAAAUCCUACGGACACGGUUAGUGCAGCACAAAGGUGCGCUUUAUCAAGUCGUCGUUAAGGACAAUGCAGAAUGGUACGAAGGCACAAAUCUAUCCGAGUACCGGAACAGUGUUUUCUCCCAGGACGGGUGGGUACUAUACGGCGAUCCGCUGUUCCGAUAUGCUUUCAUAGAAGAAGGCCGUGAUCUCUACUUUGCAUACACGUCCCACCACAGCGGCUAUGAUGGAUGGACAAACCAUCUCGUAUUUGACGCCUUGGAAGAAGGACUGCGCGACCUCGAAGUCUUACGGCAGAAGCCAGUGCGAGCCCAAUUCAAGCAAUUUGGCGAAUGGCUCCAACGCCAUUCCACAGCUAAAGACGAUGUUACAACGUCCAUGGCGUAUUGGAAAUCAUACCUUGGUGGGUUCCAGGGCUUCGGGGAUCAGUUCCACGUCGCUUCCGGUUACACGCCAUACGAGACGACACGUCUCACGAAGAUCAUGCCCGUGAGAAGACGAGGAUCUGCAUUUGCUCUGUCGACAAUGGCCCAUGCGGCUUGGGCAAUCUCCCUUGCGAAUGUGUAUCGGCAUAAUGAUAUCCUCUUCAUGUCAGUCGCGUCAGGGCGUCGGAUGCCGCGCGACAACCCUUUACCUGGAGUCGAAUCGAUCAUGGGGCCACUCGUGGCUGGGACGUAUCUCCGUCCCCGGCUCCGUGCUGAUCAGGCAAUCGAGGACCUACUGCGAGACACGCAGGACCACAUGUUAUCGACGAUUCCAUACCAGCGCGAAAGCCGCAGAGUCAUAGCGGAGAUUUUGGGUCCGCGGGCUAUCUGUCUGUCAGCCUUAAACUGGCAUCCUAUGGGUAACGAUAUGCCGGCACGCGUCAUUGACUUUGAGAAUCCCGAUGGAUCUAUAACGCGACUCGAAGGACGGCGCGAUCUGCACACCCCCUUCACCAUUCCAAUCACGCUGGUCAUUGAUGUCUGGGAGCAUCAUGACCAUCUCAGGAUAAUUGCCAAGUGGGACGAGAAGCUCUACGACAACGACCGUGUGGCCUUGAUGCUGGAUCAGCUGGCGGAGAACCUCGGUAGAAUUGCCGCAUCCAAAGUUCAACGUGUGGGGGAUCUCUGGACGAUGCGGGGUUUGUCGGGCAACGGGCCGGCAGAUGAUCGGGGGCUCGAUGACAGAGACAGGUCUGUCCCGGCCCAAGAAGCCCUAGUCGACAGCUCUCCGCCCGGGACAGAAGUUGGAGACACGCUUGGCACAGGGGCCAAAGGAGAUUCAGCCACCUUCACUCCUGGAACCACCGGUCAAGGCAUCUCAGUCGAACACCCCUCCAACGACAACGCAAGUCCCAAAGUCGCGACACCAAUCCUCGAUAUCCCUCACUCCGACUCAACCACCAACGUCUCCAUCAUCAACGGGGAGUAA